GUAUUGUGCAACGUCACAGCGUUGGCGCCACUCGGACCGGGGGAGCGCAGACAACAGAGAAUAGCUAAUCACUUCGGAUGGUGCAAGCGUCACUUCGGACGGGUACGCCUUAGUCUGGCGAAGGGCUAGAAGGUGAGCGCUCGGCAUCUGUGCCGCUCCACGGUGUGUUAAGCUCGUCGCCGAGUGACGAUCGGAUCCAGGCCGGACGUGUGCCGAGGUGCCAGGACGGGUGAUUGGUGGGGAAGUGGACGAGUGCAGACUCGAAUUGCGGCCGUUCGCUCCUCGCUUCGCCCUCCCUCCCCCCCGAUUUUUCCACAACAGACGAGAAACUGUCCGAAAUGCGGCUGUGAUUGGCUCGCUGCGAGCAAAUAACCAAUCGAGGGACACCGACCAGUGACGGGUGCCAAAGUCGACGGUAGUCCAGCGCCAUUUCUGACACCGUUGGAGUCGAAGUUGUGGCCCGGGCCGGCGACUCACCCCAGCCGUCGCGACUCCAGAAGUGAUUCCAUGAGAUUCGAACCAUCAGAGUUGGUGCAGGGGAUGGCCUAUCACCCUUUCAUCAUACCCCCGACCAGACAGACGGACUUCAGUAUGAACUCCAUCCUCACCCAACCUCAAUAUCUGUCGGCUCUCACCUUCAACCCGGUGGCGGCCGCCGCCGCCGCUGCCGCUCAGGGUUAUCCUCCCGGCCCGGCGCUCUUCCCCAAGUUGCCACCUCCCAUGCCCGGGCCCCCUCACAUCACGGCCGAGGACGUCCUGGGCCACCAGGCCCACUUCCGCCCGCUGCACGGCUUCGAACCCGAAGAGGACGGAGUUCAGGACGACCCCAAGGUGACGUUGGAGUCCAAGGACCUGUGGCAGAAGUUCCACGCCCUGGGCACGGAGAUGGUCAUCACCAAGUCCGGCAGGCGCAUGUUUCCGGCCUACAAAGUGCGCGUAUCCGGACUGGACAAGAAAGCCAAGUACAUCCUGUUGAUGGACAUCGUGGCCGCCGACGACUGCCGAUACAAGUUCCACAACAGCAGAUGGGUGGUGGCGGGCAAGGCCGACCCCGAGAUGCCCAAAAGAAUGUACAUCCACCCCGACUCGCCCAGCACGGGAGAACAGUGGAUGCAGAAAGUCGUCUCCUUCCACAAGCUCAAGCUGACCAACAACAUCUCGGACAAGCACGGCUUCACCAUUCUCAACUCCAUGCACAAGUACCAGCCGAGAUUCCACCUGGUUCGAGCCAACGAUAUCCUCAAGCUUCCCUACAGCACUUUCAGGACAUACGUCUUCAAGGAAACCGAAUUCAUCGCCGUCACGGCCUACCAGAACGAAAAGAUCACUCAGCUGAAGAUCGACUACAACCCAUUCGCCAAAGGUUUUCGUGACACGGGAGCUGGAAAGAGAGAGAAAAACAGACGUCAAGCCCUGCUCCUCAGCCAGCAGCAACCUCUACCUCCGGCCGCUCCCACAACGACUUCUUCCGCAACGCCCCACUCGGCCCUGGACGCCAACGAGGAGUCCAGCGACGACGAGGAGAAGGUCGACGUCGGAGGAACGGCCGAUCUACAACCCGUCUCCUGCGACAGAGAAAACGAGGAGGACGAGGACGGCCCUUCCAGAAGAGAGGGACAGAGCGACGCCGUGUCCAAGUACGACAAGAGCUGCGAGGGGGGCGACAAGCCGGCCGCGGCGGAGGACCAGGAGCGGAUUUCGGGCUCGGAACCCGGACACGACGUCAAGACGGACGGUCGACAGGACGCCACCGGUGCGAAACUCAGGUGCCAACCCAACGUGGGCGUGGGCCCCACCCUUCCCCAUCCUCAUCUCUUGCCUUAUCUCUAUCCCCCGGCGCUGUAUCCGGGAGGGAUGGGACAUCCGGGCCUUCACCUGUCUCAGCUGUUCCUUCCGGGCACCUCGUCGUCGCCCAACGUCUCUCAGCCUCUUCCCCUGUCGCUGUUCACCUCGGCGGGUCCCGCCGGUGCCUUCACCACCCCCCACUUCACGCAGUCGGCCGGCAGCCCCCCGAACUCUUCCAACCUUCCGAUGGGACCGAGUUUCCUGCUGAACGCCCAACUGGCCUUCGCUAGUCACCCCAUGUUGGCUCACGGGCUGCCUCCCGGCCUGGCCGGAACCGACAACGUGGUCAACAACCGGUUAAAGCAGCACCGGUUCUCUCCGUACUCCCUUCCUCUGACCACGGUGGUGUCGCCGGGGGCUCCCCCCGCCACCACCUCCACGGCCAAGGUCCAGUCGCCGGUGCCCUUCGACGGCACGCAGAACGUGCACAACCACGGAUCCCCUCUGUUGAAGUACUCGGGGUCGCCCCACUCGGACAGUGGCAGCUCCGACGCCUCGGUGGGGGCCCCCGCCAGCAACGAACUGCGCAACAUCGAGAACAUGCUGAACGGGUUGGAGCGAAGACAGGAACAAUUGGCCGCCGAGUCUCUGACCAGGCUAACGGACAAGUAAGCCCCGGACCACCCCCUCAGUUCCUACGUUCGCAGCCCGGUCGGGUGGCCCCCGGCCGCGGCCGACCUGUAUAGAAGAGGCCGGAUUCUCUCCGAUCAUUCCUUGUGUGUAGACCUUUCGUGACGCUCGUUUCGUCUCUACUCGUCGUCUUCGUAGGACCUAGAGAUUUGGGAGUGUUCGGAUGCCCGUCGAAGUCCGAGUCGUUGUGAUAAAAGUCGCUCGGGACGAGGCCAGCGGUCGGCGCCUCCUCCCCUCACCUCCCGAGUCCUCCCCUCCGUUUAUGCGAUUAUACGUAGCAAUAUAAGGACCUUUCCACUGUGCGGAGGACCCCGGAGUCGUAACCCGGUCGUCCUCCUACCCCGAGUGACUGCCGCCGGUGCGUUCGACUGUAUAGGUUUGUCAUAUUUAUUGACAUUUUGUGUGUAUCAUAGUAGUGCUUGUAUAUGUUGUAUGGGUCAGGGCAACCCUGACAUUAAAGCUCUCGUUCAUACAACACCAAA